CUAGAAAAUUAGUGAUCUGUCAAAGGAAAUUUGGCAACGCCUGAUGGCUGAUACGGCGUUUUUCCUUAGCACGGCAGAAAUAGGCGCUUUUCACACAUUUCCUGUGAAAAUUUACACAAAUCAAUAGCUCGUUGAAAUAAAUCAAUCCCGAGAGUUACACAAGUAUGAGACUCUCUGAAUCUUUGUUUGAUUGCCGUAGAAAAAUCAGCCACAUCACGCAAAGGGGAUACAUUAGUGUCGACGACAAAAUGAUGAUAAGGAAAUUAUUCGGGCAAUUUCCAUUUUCAAAUGAAAUUGAUACGCUGUUUGUACACCGUGAAUCAAUGAACACAGCCCUCUCGUAUCUUUUAGUUGCAAAAAAACUCCACUCAUAAUUUCACUCCCCUCCCGCCUGGACCUAAUCAGACAUUGCAACUGACCGAUCUCCCGGCGUCAAUGACCUUUGCACUCGUUUAUGAGUUUGGCGUCUGUCAAAUAAACUACCGUUGGGUGACAGGAAUGCUUUGAGCUCGGUUUGCAGUUUCACCUUGUUACCUGUGUAGCUAUCAGCAGGCAGAGUUCAUGUUCUAACAUUGGUGACGGCCGUUCGAAUCCGUGUUUUUUGGCUUUAAUUUUUGGAAUUUUUGUUCCUCAAAAUUGACUUAAAAUCGACUUACGGAUUUGCUAUUGUAAAUAUGUCAUCCGCUCUUUUCAAUUAUUUACAUUCGUGUGAUGUGAUAUGCCGUGGAAUCUGUAUUCGAUACAUCGUUAUGAUGUUUCCCUAGCAUGACCUUUCACAUUCCUUCGAUGAGGAUCACUCUGUGGAAAGGGAUGGAUCAGAAACUUUUAAUACAAUUGAAAAUUCUCCAAAACAACAGCUACUGCCAGUGAAGACGAGUUUAUCGAUCGAUACGAGAUACCAUCCAGCAUGUUCCUGAGUAUCUUCACGUGUAUAUGUAUUUUUAUUUGCGGGUGUGAUGGUGCUAGAAGAGAAACAACUACGGAUGAAUAUAUUCGCCGUAACGGUUACCCACUGGAAGUCCACAAGGCAGAGACUCCCGAUGGAUUCAUACUGACGCUUUUCCGCAUUCCAGGGGAAACAGGCGCCACUCCUGUCUACUUACAACACGGACUGGUAGAUAGUUCGGAUUCCUGGUUUUGCAUGGGGCGCAAUCGUAGCAUAGGAUUUACAUUGGCCGAUGCGGGAUACGACGUCUGGGCAGGAAAUUUCCGAGGCAAUGUCUACUCCAGCGGACACAAACGUUUGAAGCCAGAAAUGCGUGAAUACUGGGACUUCAGCUGGGACACACUGGGCCUGAUUGACGUGCGAGUGAUGAUACAGUACAUUCUUCAAACAAGUGGACAGCCAGAUUUGAUCCACAUCGGUCAUUCGAUGGGCACGACAUCCUUCUUCGUGGCUGCCAGCUCAGAUGAUCAGCUCAACCAACUAGUCAGAACCCACAUAGCUCUCGCGCCAAUCACCUCCUUCGAACACUCCCCCUCGCCGGUUUUUAGUGCUCAGUUCAUCGAACCACUCAUAACGUUGCUUCAAUCGUACGAGCAAGAGCAUCAUCAGGAGCAAGAUGAGCAGAGUAUUUUAGAGACAGCAAAAGAUGCAAUGGAUGCUUUGCAGGUGCCUUCCGGCUUAUCAACACUGAUGGCGUCCCUCAAAACUUACGUUUCGCCUGUCGGUACACAAGUUGCCGGCUACGCAGAGAUGGUCACAACCAGCUUAAAUCGAAUUCGAAAUACAGUGCCGGACUACUUGGGCAUGGACGAAAUUAUCGAACUGAUCAAUCUUGCUUUAGACCGAGGGGAGGUCCGAGGCUCGUUGGGUCGAAAAUAUUGUCAGAUGAGUCCAGCUCACGAACGAUUUUGUCUCCGAGUUUUAAGUAUCGUUCAAGGAGACGAUGAACACCAUCUUACAAAGGAAUUGAUACGUCUGUUGUUCAGGACUCUGCCAAAAAGCAGUUCUUUGAAAGAAUUUCUGCACUAUUUGCAGCAAAGGCAAGCAGGUCGAGUGUUCUUUUACGAUUACGGAACUGAGGAGCGCAACAUGCUUGAAUACGGCUCACCAACUCCACCCGAGGUCAAUUUCGGCAAAAUUAUGGUCCCGGUGUAUUUUGUCUACGGUCCCAAUGAUCUAUUCACAUCUGUGGAGGAUUUACAAGCAUCUUAUGACAAACUUGGGAAUCCUGCCGGAUUUUUCGCGGUUGGACGGCCUGAUUGGAAUCACGGAGAUUUCCUAAUUACUAUAGACGUUCGAUGCACACUGACCAAGGCCAUUGUUUUAGACAUAUUAAGAAAACACCAAAACGAAAGGGGCGAUGACGAUAACUUCCGUUAAAAUGGAGCCCCUGCAAGAUGACGAUAUGAUACCUCACCACAACUCAAGAUAAUACAUUUUGACAGAGAAGAUGCAAAGACGUGAAGAAAAAAUAAGAAAAAAGUAAUCUCUGUUAGAAGCAAGCCUCUCAUUGUGUUAAGUUCCAGUGAAUAUUGCUUUGCAAAAUGAGUCAAAAUUCUCUAUGAUUUACUGUAUAUAGACCGUAAGAACUAAGACAGAACACGGACAAAAGACAUAUCGAAGAAGAGACUGAAACAUAACUUAUCAAAUUUGGGGGACGAUUCCAAAAUAAAAUGAUGACAAAAAUUCUUCGCAACAUUUUUGUGAAUAUUUACGAACCGGUGCCAGACUUGGAAAAAGAGUGGCGAAGAGCGUCGGGCAAUUUCAACGAAUUGGCAAUAUCAUAUGGACGUAUUUAUGCUAAAUGGAACUAUGUCAUAUGCAAAUCUUAUGGACAUGGCUCCUUUUUGUACAAAUACGCCCAUAUUUCCUCCAUUUGAAUCCAUUAUAAAUAAUCGAGUACGAGCGAGGUAACCAACUUCAACGUGCGUCGAUUUUUUCACAUGUGUUCAAUAGACCGUAUUCGAUAGUGGUUCGAUUUAUCGUUUGGUUCAAAACAAAAGAACGUAACCUCAAACAAAAAUUUUAGGAUUUUGGUUAGAAAAGCUUAAAAUGAGAAAUUUUUUAAAAAAUACACUUUUCAUUGGCAUUUGGUACUCAAAGGAAUAAAAAAUAUAUCACAAAAGACUUUUCCUCGGCUUUUUAAAUUGACUUUUAAGACUAUGUUUAAAUGUUGAACCAAUCGAUAUCGAUAUAAUCUCACCUGUUCGAUGUAUCGAAUACGAUCUAUCGGGCACGGCCCAGUAUUGCCACCUUGCGCGAUUUUCCACAAAAUACGAGGUAUGUAGAAAAGCAAGCAUGAUGAAUGAAAAAGGGUUGCAUUGCAAUGAUCACAGAACUGUGAAGCGACAGUCUGUUAACCAUUAAUUCCAUGACCUUUGCUGUGACAAUUCUUGAAAGUUGGUAACACUGUUUUUUCUCCAUUUAAAUGUAUGUAAAACGAUCGAUUCUUGGUGAGGCAGCUCCCCUCAAAUAAUAUCGAUAUUUUUAAACGGAUUUAAAUGGAGUAAAAACAGUGUUGUCAACUUGCAUAAUCGCCACUGGACCUUAGAGAAGCGGAACUUGAACAAAUGCAUAUCUCUUGUCGGUCAAUGCCAACGGCUAUUACUCAUUUAUUUUUUUUCUCGAUUAAAAAUUAUUAUUAUGGGUUAAAACACGCGUGUCGUAAAAUUUUGUGCUGACAAUGAACCUUACAAAUCGGCCCGAAAAUAAUACAUUUAAGGAACCAGUGCGCACGAUUGCAAAGCAUAGCGUCAUUCAUUUUUCUCUUGAAUAGGCAAUACCUCCGCUAGUGUAAUUAUGAAUGUAUAAUAUGAGUAAUGAAUAAUUAUGAAUAAAAUGAUUAAUGAAUGCUAUGGGUCUAAACAUUUUCUCGUUCACUUGCAACUGACCGGUAGCAGUCAUUAUGGCAUCCAAAAAAUUGAAUUGUAAAACAAACAUAUCAUUUACCCAUCACCGUUAUUGUCGGAUUAUGAUAAAUAAAAUUGAAGUUCCUGUCUGUAACA